AUGCCGGUGAUACAAUAUAUAAGAGCCUCCGUAUCCAGUCCAGUCAACCAGUAUGCCAGAAUCCUGUUCAGUAGUAAUACGGGCUACUGUGUAAUGGAGCUAUCCAAGGAAUCUUGUGGUGAUGAUAUUAGCGAUAUCAGUGAGGGAGCCGAAGAGAAGAAGAUAAAAGAGAAAAAAGAUACUACUUCAACUAGCAAGUCUAUUAUUGUUAAAAUAGAAAACCAUAUCCAUUCCAAUGAUGAAAAUGUGGCUUUGAGAAAGUUGGUUAAUAUAACGCCUGAGACUAUAUCAAAAAAACAACGUUAUUGUUAUUAUUCGUCCAAUAUGUCACCUGUAGAGUUCACAUCUGAAAAUCCAUAUUGUCGUUUCAAAGUAGUUUGCUAUACAAAAAUUCCCAAUUAUCGUAAUGAAGAUGGUAUUGUGCAAAUUAUAAUUGGAAGGGGCCUUUCAGAAGUGGAGGCCUACAAACAGGAAGUUAUUUCAGCAUUGAGUCUAUUAUUCGGAGGUAAUGAAGUUGUUGUUAAUGAAAUUUUUGCUGCUGAAGUACCAAACAAAACGAACUUCAGAUUUUACAUUCAGCAAGUUUUUCCUAAUGGAGAGAUUCAACGUGCAUCUACCACUGACACCUUUAGUCAUAUGUUAAGAGCAUCAUACAAUUCAAUUUUUAAGAUUAUUCCAAUGUUGACUUUAACUGAACAACAAAUGAAGAAAUAUCUUGAUACACCGCAAAGAGGAAUUGAUCCAGCAUUGUGGGAACUGGGCAAGCAAAAAAAUCCUGACCCAAAGAAAUUGAUACCUGUUGUAAAAGUGGGAUUUCAGGAAUUACAGAAACAGUUCAAGUAUCAAGAAGAAUAUG